AUGGCCGCCACCGCUGACAUUUUCUUGGAAUGUGUGAUUCACAAAAUACUCUGUUAUCUUAGCUAUGGCCAAGCAUCCCGGAUGAGAAUUCUAUCUAAAACAUGGCUACAAGCUUGGUCUACUCUUCCCAACUUGGAAUUCUUAGUUGAAUAUUUCGAAGAAACAAAAAUAGUGGACGCAAUUAUGGAGACAUACAAGGAAAACAAUAUCCCCAUUGACAAGUUUGGAUUUUCAAAUUGUUCGAAAUUCAAUCGUCGUCAUCAAGUUUUCCCUCUGAUUGAUAAGUGGCUUGACACAGCUCUUCAAAAUGGCGCAAGAGAUUUAGUCUAUGUAGAUCUUCUCUACUCGGUACGAUUAUAUCCUUUUCCUAUUUCUAAAGUCUUGGCAGCAAAUUCCUUAAGAGAAUUGGUUCUGAAAGGUUGUAACCUUAUGCAUGUUUCGUCAUCUAGUGGGUUCGCGAAUUGUCAUUCUUUGAGAAAGCUUUCUCUAUCUUAUAUAAUUUUAAGCAAAAAUUUGCUUCAAACUUUACUUAAUAGUUGUCCUUUCAUUGUCUCUUUCAACCUUGAUCAUUGUUCGGGGUUGGUAAAGAUUGAGCUUAUGAAUCUUCAAAAGAUCAAGUCAGUUUCCGUAUCAAUAAAUAGAAACCAACAUGUGAAAAUCCAAGCACCAACUCUUGAACACUUGUUUUAUAAUGGUUAUUUAUCGGGAAAUUUGGUUAUCGUUGGUUGUCAGAAUCUAAAAUCUUUAGAGCUAUCAUAUGUGAAGAUAUGUAUUGGAUUUCUCCAUAACCUUAUUUCUAGAUCGCAAUCCCUAGAAGUAUUGAAAAUUCAGUAUUGUGUGGGCAUAAGACAGAUUGAAACUUCGAAUUUGGUAUCACUUGAGUAUAUAGGAUAUCAAAUUCCUGAACUUAAAAUUGCGAAAGCUUCAAGUCAAUUGAAGCAUUCAAAAAUCGUUCUUCAUGGCAACAACAAUUUAGAUGCUGCAUGGUUUAGUAAGUUGAGGAAGCUUCUAUCGAAUUCGGCCCCUUGGUCCCAAGUUCUCCUUUGUUUUCCCGAAUACAAUGACAUCAAGAUUAAAGAUUUGCAGCAGCACCACGGAGUUGCUAGCCCCCAAAUGGACGUUUUAAAUGUCAACAUUACAAGGUCAUAUGGGGAGUGUCCAACAUUUGUGGAUGCUUUGCUAUGGAGUUGUAAUCCUAGGAGACUCAACCUAUCAUCAACGGUUGAAAUGAUUACAUGUUUCGUCAGUCGUUUGAUGUAUAUGAAGAAUCUGAGUCAUUCUUCUUCGGAAAGAAGCAACCAUUGGCAUAGUCAAUUGAAAGAAAUAAAAGUUUUUGAUGGGAAAAAUCAAGAGCUGCAACUCGUAAGUGGGGAACUGGCGAUAAGCACCCUUUCGGAGGACAGGAAGGAAGUUUAUUUUUUAUUAGAUUGGCAAUGCAAUUAAUUUAUCACUAUUUCAAAACGAAUGCACUUGUUCAUUCCUAAACUUUA